GACGAAAAAACGAAUUUACAGAGGCAAUGGAAGGAUUUUAUGAAAACGUUUGCAACCCAGAGAACAAGGGUGCUGUUUCUUGUUGUUUGCUAAAGAAAGACCGAACGUAUGUGUGCCAGGAUCAGGUGACCAGCUGUGCAUUCACCCCCAGGUUCUUGAACAAGAAACAAACACGGCCAAGAGGCAUUUGUGCUGUACAAAGGUGUUAUCAUGCAAAGACGUGUCAUUACUAUAAUUUGCUGCAACAAGCGAUAUACCAGUGGAACUUCAAAAUCCACAUGUCAUCAAGAAACAUCAGAUGUUUGUUUGAAUCCUCAAAACAGUACCCGACUCCGCAGUUUUAAAUUCUUCGUACGAAAACAAGUAGAAAUUUUGUAAUAUAUUUUGAAAGGAGAGUCUCUAACCCCUCUUCUUUUCUG